AGGGCGAUGUGAGCUCUGCUGCCAGUUUGCUGAAAUUAUUUCUCAGGGAGUUGCCAGACCGAGUGAUAACGUCUGCAGCCCACUCCAAAUUCAUGCAGCUAUAUCAAGACAACAAACAUUAUGGUCUGAAUGCAAAUAUUCUGAGGGAACUCGUAAAGCAGCUGCCCGAGUCCCACUAUUGCCUGCUUAAGUACCUCUGCCAGUUCCUAAGGAGAGUUUCUGAGCAUCACCUUGAGAACAAGAUGAAUAUUUCCAACCUGGCUACAGUUUUUGGACCAAACUGUUUUCAUGUAUCUCCUGGCUUUGAAGGUAUGAAAGAACAGGAGAUCUGCAAUAAAAUCAUGGCUCAGAUGCUGGAACACUGCCAUGCCCUGUUUGAAUGGGAACAUCCAAAGAAGGAGAACGAGAUGCAUCCAUGUGAGGAGCUGGCGAAAAUUAUAUUAGUAAAAGAGGCCAACUUCAACCAGGCUGUGCCAAUUGUUCUGACGAGUGUUGAAAAAGAAGCACCAAAAUUAAGUCCAAGAAAUAAGAUCUCAAAGUCCAAGCAAGAAGGAUCUUCCCCAGCAUGUUUAGUGCUGCAGCCAAGACAGUCAGAUGGAAUUCCCCGGGUUAGCAUCCAUUUAACAGACAGUUCAUGUUCGGAGGAGAUGGAUUUAGCUGAUGAAAUCUCCUUCAUAAACAGCGCUGCCUUCUUCACCAGCUCCCAAGAGGACGAAAGACCUAUGUCACCCUUCUAUCUGAGUGCCCAUGUGUCACAAGUCAGCAACAACAAUAUCCCUGCUUCUGGAGAGUUCUUAGAAAAGACCAUUCGGUCAGCUGUCGAGCAACAUCUUUUUGAUGUUCAUGGCUCCGGGGGUCAAAGUUCUGAAGAAUCUGAAUCGGGGACAUCGUCAACAUCAUCCAACGUGUCUGCCCGGCAGCGGAGGCGGCACCAUAAAGAGCAGGAUGAAGCCCGAAGAAACAGAGAUAUGGAGGUCAUCAAUAAAGAAAAUAUUCCUUCUGGCUUCAGUAGCAUUGAGGAAUAUAUGCUGACUGGUCAAGAAGUUGAAAAGUUGCAAGAGAACAAUUCUGGGUACAUCGGAGAAAGGAGUAAACCGAAGCGCCAGAAAUCGAGCACCAAACUUUCCGAGCUUAAUGACAACAAGGACAGUCCUCUGGCAAUGGAAACAUUUAGUUCAUUGAGACCUGUGGACAGAACAGGACCAGAUGACAUGGAAGUGUUUUCAGAAGUCAGCAAGGACGAUGGAAGUGAUGGUGGCAUAAUAAUACAAUCUCAGAAUUUGAGCAUGAAGAUCCAGGAGCCUCCUAGCAUUCCUGAAGCCAAAUUACAGAGAAGCCAGGAUGCAGAUGGGCAAGAAGAGAACUUUGUAUCCGAAGUGCCACGACUGGACUUGACCUCCUUGUGCAAUGACAACAACAACUGGGAAGAGCCUAUCCCGGCCUUUUCCUCCUGGCAGCGCGAUGACUUAGAUUCGGACGAAGCUCACCUCUCCCCUCAGGCUGGCCGCCUUAUUCGCCAGCUUUUGGAUGAAGAUAGUGACCCAAUGCUCUCCCCUCGUUUCUAUGCCUAUGGGCAAAGUCAGCAGUACCUGGAUGAUACAGAAGUGCCUCCUUCCCCUCCCGAUGCCCAUUCAUUCAUGAGGAGAAGAAGUUCUUCAUUGGGAUCUUACGAAGAUGACAGGGAAGAUUUGACGCCAGCGCAGCUGACCCGUAGGAUCCAAGGGUUGAAGAAAAAGAUCAGGAAGUUUGAAGAAAAAUUUGAAGAGGAGAGGAAAUAUCGGCCCUCACACAGUGACAAAGCAGCUAACUUGGAGGUACUGAAGUGGACAAAUGACCUUGCGAAAUUUCGAAAGCAGCUGAAAGAAUCAAAACUGAAGAUGUCAGAGGAAGACCUGGCUCCUGUCAUGCGUCAGCGUAGCAAUACACUCCCCAAAAGUUUUGGCUCUCAGCUGGAGAAGGAGGAAGACAAGAAGCAAGAGCUGUCUGAUAAGUCAACAAAACCAGCUGUGGAGGCAACUCUGGAAUCCAUCCAGAAAAAGCUGCAGGAGAAAAGGACUGAGGCAAACCGACCCGAGGAUAUUAAGGACAUGACUAAAGACCAGAUAGCAGCAGAGAAGGUGGCUCUUCAGAAAGCUCUCUUGUCUUAUGAGAGCAUCCAUGGAAGACCAGUAACAAAACAUGAACGGCAGAUGAUGAAGCCCCUCUAUGACAGAUACCGCUUGGUCAAGCAGAUCCUCUCUCGGGCCAACACCAUCCCUAUUAUCGAAGAAGAGGAUGGUUCUGAGGAAGAUACCAGCACGAAACUAGACUUCACAAUCACCAUCAAAUCUGACUUCAAUGUGAAAAGUUUCUUGGACCAGCUGGAAGAUGAUGUUGAUGGCUUUGUUUCUCCAGUGGAUGACAGGAUUACUUCAAGAGGCAGUCAGGAUAUGGGACUAUCAAAUCUUCAUGCUGCCUCUAUGCCAGAACUUGUAGAGCAGCUGCAGGAAGUCAGGGAAGAGAAAAAGAGGAUCAGAAAGAAACUGAGAGAUUUUGAGGAUAACUUUUUCCGACAAAAUGGAAGAAAUGUCCAGAAAGAAGACCGUGCUCCUAUGGCUGAAGAAUAUAAUGAAUACAAGCAGAUUAAGGCAAAGCUGAGGCUGCUGGAAGUCUUAAUCAGCAAAAGAGAUAUUAGUCCUAAAACCGUGUAAUGAAGGCACACCUGACCUUUGCCAAUAGAGUUAAAGAGUUGACCAAGCCAAAGGAAUGAUUGCUUGAAGAACUAACUCGGCAAGAGCCUUAUACCACGAGGGCCUUUUUUCAGCAGCUCUCCAUGGACUGUGGCUAACAAAAGACAGGGAGAAGGGGGGAGGGAUCCUCCGCCUUCCUUCAGACUUGUAGCCUGUUUUGUCUCUAAGCUGCUCAUCCAAACCAGCCCAAGGAUGGGAGCAGGGAUUAUGAUGCUCUUAGAAGAACUGGUGCCCAGAGAGGCACCUUUUGCUUUGAUCAGCCUGUGGCUUGUGAAAUGCUUCAGCUAACAGAGUAUGAUUUAUACCUUCUCUGGAGCACCCAGUGCGAAAGAGGUGAACGAGUUUGAGUUACCAUGAAUCACCAGAUAAUUUUCUGCACUCAUCAGACGAAUAAAGCACCUAGGUCUACGCUUUAAGGGGAGGGCUUUGCAUUCUGAGAUGAUUCUUGCGGUUUUUGAUGUUUGGGUUUCUUGGUAUGUUUGGCCCCAAGUGAAUGCUGAGGUACCAUCCCUUGGACAAAGGAGCAUGUUAUGACCUUGGUAUUCAGUAGGACUUUUUUAGAAAGUGCAAUUUAUUAUUCACGGGGUUCCUCCCCCUCUUCAGAAAAAAAAGAAGUUAUUUCACAACUGCCACUUCCAUUUGUUCAGAAAGAAGAAAAGUUGAGUAAAUGGAUCCCACUUGAGAAGUGUAUGAUUCCAGCCUUGGUCGACUUUGGAGGGCUCUUGCUGCAGGGGGCUCUGAUUGGACUGUGGUCUUCAGACUGUGUUUUGAGGCAUCUGUACUUUCUCAGAGAUAUCAUAUAAUAAUUGAGUUGGAAGAGGCCAAUAAGGCCAUCAAGUCCAACCCCCUGCUCAGUUCAGGAAUCCAAGUCAAAGC